GGAUCAAAACACUUCCGGUUACUUGUUUACAAGAUGGCGGCCACUAGAUAAUUAAAUACUCCAUGUUCAUAACAAAGUUGCAAUAUAAAUGCUCAGUGGUUGAUUCAAAUAAUUCAAUACCAACUAAAUAAAAAACAAUCAUGCCUGCCAAAAAGAAGAAGAGUGGUAAGAAGAAGAAGAGCGGUAAGAAGUCAGCGAGAGGAUCUCCAGCAAAAUUAGGACCCGAUAUCAAUGAACUGUCGAAAGAAUAUUACCUUGUGCAAAUUCGCGAUUUAGAGAACAGACUUGCAAGAUACCAAAAGAAGUGUGAUGAGCUCGAAGUGUCCAAUGGCCAGUUUAAUGAUAAAUUUAUCCAGAUGGAUGCUGACAAGAAGGGAAUUGUUGCAUUCUGGAAGAAGCAGGUGGAGGAGAAAACGGAUGACAUAGCAGACUUGAAUGAUCGCCUCAUAGGACUGCAACAAGCCAAAGAUGCAGAGAAAGAACAGUAUGAAGCAGAGCUCUCAAAGAUCAAAAAUGAGUUCCAGGAAACUAAGGACAAUCUGCAGACAGAAAACGUGAUGCAGCAGGCUCGGCUGGCAUCACUAGAGGAGUUCAAGGUACAGAAGGAGGAACUGAUGAAAAACUUUGCCAGAAUGGAGGCAGAAUUAGCGCAAAAGGAACAAGACCACAAAGACGAGAUCUAUCGAUUGGAGCGAAAACAGGUCAUCGACAAAGAUGCUCUCAAGAAAGAAAUGGUUAAUCGUGUAAACCAGGUAGCAUCGGAAUUCAGGAAAGUCUCAAAUAAGCAAAUGGCCGAGACCACAAAACGCACUAUCAGAGACAAUGUGUCAAUAAAUGCUCAGUUGGACAAAAUGUCUGAUAAGACCACAGAACUGAUAUCAGAGAACGACGAUCUGAAGAAGAAGAACAAAGAGCAGCGACAGAAGAUUGAGAUGCUGGAGGACAAUGAGAAGGAGAUCUUGAAGAAGAAUCACAGUAAUCAGAAGAUCAUCAAGAUGUUGACUGAGAAAUGUCGCAACCAGGAGGCAAUAAUAGAAGAGUUUGAAUUGCGAGAACAAGAGUACCAAGAGGUCGUGGGAGAGGUUGAGAUGCUACGUUCACAGACCGAGUCAAUGAAAGAGGAGAUUGAUCGUAUUAACAAGGACAACGAUAAUCUUGAGUUUGAGCUCAAAACAGAGACAGAAAAAGUCACCAAGGAAGUCUCAAACAGAAAGAAACUUGAGAGGGUCCUGGGAGAUGCUGCUGGAGCCCUGAAGACAGUUUUAAGGAAUACUGGUCCAGACGAGCCGGACACAUCCGACAUGAACGACGUGGAGAGACGAAACAACAUGCUGGACCACCUUCUGAUACUGCUGAACAGUGCUGCGGCUAUCGGGGUGGGACCUCAGCCUGCAGAGAUAGGCAAGCAGUACAAAGUGCGGCAAAAGAGUGCGGGAGAAACGCCAGGCAAGCAGGGAAUCAAACGAGGGGAGCUCCCAGUGGUGUCUGGUCCGGGCACACUGCCCCACUACCAGCUGGGUGACCUGGGUCUCAUCCCCCGGCCCAAGCUGCCCAUCCCUACCUCCCUGGACAAGAUGCGUGUACUCUCCGCCACCACGCGUCUAGGCGGACUCAGGAAGGUCCUCUGUAGAUCUGUCGGUAUUCAGACAGUCAGUGCCCCCAAGGCGAUGUUCUAUGCCGACCAGCUCCUCAGUCGUGCCCCCCACGCCACACAGGAAGCAGUUUUACAUGACCUUCAACCCCCAGACAGGGCUCGCGCCUCUCCCAUAAUGUUGGGUCGCAUCUCACCAAUGAAGAAAAUGGCGGGAAAAGUCAUGUGAUUUAAUGUGUCACUUCUAUUGACAAUUGACUUGUUUUAAGAAUAAAUUUUAUUAAUUGUCCCCAAUCAAACACUUUGGGAGUUAUGUUUCAUUUAAUAAUAAUAACUUGAUGAAUUGGUGAGAAUUAAAAUCUAUUGGUAAUGAUUAAUUUACUUAACUAUGGAAAUGUCUAUUUUGAAAUAAGUAAGUUAUUUUAGUUUUGACGAUGAUUUGUUUAAGGCAUUUUCUUCAUGCUACUUUUAUUGUUGAUUCUCAACUCUGAAACUCACAUCAUUUGUGGUGACUCUUGCUCAAUUUGAAUGAGCCUUUAGUGGAAAUCUAGACCAAGAAUAUAGUUGUAUUCAAUUUGGUUUUAUACACUGUUAAAUUCCAUACUCAUUUGCUACUAGAAAGUAUUUAGAUGUUUUAAAUAAUAAAUCAAAAAUAAAAAGGCAUAAAAAUAGUGUAAUUCGAUAUAGUCAGUUACUUGUUAAGCCCUGGAAAAAAGCAAUUCCUUUUUUGAUUAUUUAAUUAAAUCAUGAAACAUCAAACAGGUAUGAACAUUUUGCUUACAAAUGAUUUUGCAUAUUUUCCAAUAUGGUAAAGGGCAGGAAUUUUGGAGAACUAAUUCAUGUUGUAAAACACUAGCAAUCAUUUGAGGUGCACUCUGGGAAAUCUGGGCUGAAUGCAGGUCCAUAAUUCACAGGCUUAUCAGGGACGACACUUUCUGCCUACUCUGGAAUUUGGUUGAGAAGAGACUUCCAUUUAAGGAAAAAUUAAAUAAAUCUGAAAGUGCACAUGCAUUACACAGGUACUUAAAAAAUAAAGAUAUCUCUUAUUAUAUAUAUAUAAGGACCAAAAAAAUUGAUGCAUUAUGCCCAGUUUUCUCCAUAACAAACCUCAUGUAUUUGGUGCCACUGCUUUCACAAAAGGUGUAUAUCGUCCUCUCCCCGCGAAAAUGGCCAAUCUCAUUUUUGGCACAAAAACAUGUUUUGACAUUUUGCAAUGGCAAAAACGGCCCGCUUCUCCCGCGAAGAAUUCCAAGGUCCUAUCCUAUCAGCUUACACAGUUAUACCCUGUGAGGAUUUGGCAAAGUUCCGUUGGUUGGAACGAAAAUUUCCAAGCUAAAUGUAAACAAGUAAAAAAAAUAUGAGAAAAUUGUCUUUCUCAAGCUGUAAAAGCUUGAGUUAGACAAUUUCCUCAUAUUGACUACAGAAACAGUCCAACGGCACUUCAAACAUUAGGACACAUGUAGGGAUAUCUAAAAAUUCGUAAUACAAAGUUUUAGCUUCAUUCUGUAUUUUAAGUUUUUUCCUUCUCCUGAAAACUUGUAAAUAUUGAGGUUGGCAAUUUUAGCUGGGAGGGGACGAUAUUCAGUUGUUUAUGUUGUAGCUUGAAACACUUAGUAUCACAAAACAUUUGACUUAUUGUAUCACCAUUAAUGUAACACUGGUGUAUGCAUUUAACUCUUUCAGUGCUGGAUUGAAUUUUGAAGACCUUUGCAAACAGUUUGGAUCCUGAUCAAACGUGGCGUCUGAUCAGGAUCCAAGCUGUUUGCUAUUCUGAUAGUGGUCUUUGAAAAAAAUCAAAGAAAAUGCUAAUUUUAGAAAUUCAGCAGAGGACAUUUUGGCGGCAGACAACAAAUUUCCCAGCAUGCAAAGGGUUAAUUUUCUUGACUGUCCUACAACUCACAACACAAUGCACAACACAAUGCUGCUGAUACAUCAAGAGAGCAUUGCACGUGAUUUACAGCUGAUAAACAUUCCAUACUUGUUCAUAUUCAGCCAAUGUUUGUUUUCUGUAACAAUACCAUAUCACUACAAAAAUGGCAAGUUUAUAGUGGGUAGACUGUAAAAUCUGUAAGUAUUAAAUAGGAAUAAAAGGUAAAAAUUAAUCAGAAUAUUAAACAGCAAGGUUCUGAAAAAGGUUUUAGCUUAAAACUUGCAUAUUGAGGUAGAAAAUGACCAAUACAAUGUAAUGUGGUUGUUUUUAAUACAGUUUCCAUAUAACAAAAAUAUGAAAAAAUGUAAACUUUCUCAAUUUGGAAGUCAUUUUAGCAAUUUAUAUAAUAUUGCCAAUAAGAUAUUUUAUUCUAUUAACAGACACAGUUAUUUACUUAAACUAUUCAUGUUAUGAAAAUGUAGAAAAUGUUUUGAUAAUGGUAUAAAUGCUGCAUAAUUAAUGUUGUUAAAAAAUGUGUUAAGACCAUUCUGUUCAAGCAAAUGAGAAUCUUGAUUAUAGCAUUAUCAGGGAAAAUGACCCUUGGUAAAUGAUGAUAAAAACAAAUGUGAUAUGUACAUAUGUUUGUCUUUUCAUUAGGUAUACACAUCUUUACACAUGUUAUUACUUAAGCAGUUAGCAUAGAUGCUGAAUGUGACACACUUGUUUUAAGAGUAUUUUUAUGUUGUAUACUCAAUAUGUUAAAACCAUGUCAAAAAUAAACUUAUGAUCACUCA